UCAGACUCACAAUGACGACUACACAUCGGAUCCAGAUGGCCUGCUGCACUCCAAUGAGGAAGGCGAAGGAGCCAUCGAUGCCAUUGAUGCCAGCGGACCCUCACUGGAACAGUCAACCUACUUCCAGAAGCAGUUUGGGUCCAUGCUGCAGCCCGGGGUCAACAAGUUCUCCCUGCGCAUGUUUGGUAGUCACAAGGGAGUUGCAGCUGAGCAGGCCAGGGUCAAGAGCUUCGGAGUGUGGAUCAUCCACCCCUAUAGUGACUUCAGGUUUUACUGGGACAUCGUGAUGCUCCUGUUGAUGAUGAGCAAUCUGGUCAUUUUGCCGUGGGGAAUCACCUUCUUCGAAGACCAGAACACGCUGCCCUGGAUCACCUUCAACGUCCUGUCUGACACUCUCUUCCUCAUGGACCUGGUUUUCAAUUUCCGCACGGGCAUCCCGGGAGAGGACAGCCACAUCACCCUGGACCCCAAAGAGAUCCGCAUACAAUACCUGCGCACCUGGUUCGUAGUGGACUUCAUCUCCUCCAUCCCUGUCGACUACAUCUUCCUCAUCGUCGACCUGGAGUCCCUGCAUGAGUCGUCCGACGUGUACCGAACCGCCCGCGCCCUCCGCAUCGUGCGCUUCACAAAGAUCCUCAGUCUGCUGCGUCUGCUCCGACUGUCUCGCCUCAUCCGCUACAUCCACCAGUGGGAGGAGAUUUUCCACAUGACCUACGACCUGGCCAGCGCCGCCGUGCGUAUCGUCAACUUGAUUGGCAUGAUGCUGCUGCUGUGCCACUGGGACGGCUGCCUGACCUUCAUGGUGCCUAUGUUGCAGGACUUCCCCCCAGACUGCUGGGUGUCCAAAAAUAACAUGGUGAAUUCCACUUGGCACCUACAGUACUCGUACGCCCUGUUCAUGGCCAUGAGUCACAUGCUGUGUAUAGGAUACGGCGCCCACCCUCCAGAAGGCAUGAGUGACGUCUGGCUAACCAUGGUCAGUAUGGUCGUGGGGGCCACCUGCUACGCCAUGUUCCUCGGUCACGCAACCAACCUGGUGCAGUCCUUGGACGCCUCACAUCGCCAGUAUCAGGAGAAGUAUAAGCAAGUGGAGCAGUACAUGUCGUUCCACAAACUGCCGGCGGACGUAAGACAGAGGAUCCAUGAUUAUUACGAGCAGCGGUUCCAAGGAAAGAUGUUUGACGAGGACAGCAUCCUGGGAGAGCUCAGUGAUCCGCUGAAGGAGGAGAUCGUCAGCUAUAACUGCCGCGGCCUUGUCGCCAACAUGCCGCUGUUUGCCAACACUGACCCUCACUUUGUGACCGUGAUCCUGACCAAGCUGCGUUUUGAAGUCUUCCAACCUGCAGACUUGAUUAUACGAGAAGGAACCCUGGGCCGGAAGAUGUACUUCAUCCAGCACGGCGCCGUCACCGUCAUCCCACGGGGCAGUAAAGAGAUCAGGCUCAACGACGGGGCAUACUUUGGAGAGAUCUGCCUGCUGACCCAAGGACGACGCACGGCCACGGUGCGGGCGGACACCUACUGCCGCCUUUACUCCCUGAGUGUGGACAGUUUCAACGAGGUCCUGGAGGAGCACCCUCUGAUGAGGAGGGCGUUUGAGAGUGUGGCUGUGGACCGACUGGGCCGGGCCAGUUAUCCGCCGCCGCCGCCGCCGCCCGCUGACGAGUGA